GCGAUUGUUGCAUUUUCAUUGUCCAAAAUGAGUGCACACUACGCACUAUUGGUUUUUUUAGUGUCAACAAUUGCCACUAAUGGUCAAAGUCAAACUUUCACCCCUCUCGCAACUUGCGGGGCUACUUUCUAUCGAAAAACCGGCUCCUUUUCCUCGCCCCCCUUCUACAACCCCUCUAAACCGUGCCAGUGGCGCAUCUCCGCAGCCCCCGACGAAAAAAUCCUCCUCAACAUUACAGACAUCGAUAUCGAAAAAUCGCCAGACUGCGUUUCCGGGUUCGUGGAAAUCCGAGAUGGCUUUUGGCGAAAAUCUCCACUGAUUGGAAAAUUCUGCGGAAAAGACAACGGGUUGGACACCAUCUUGUCGACGGGCAAUCGCAUGUUGGUGUCUUAUAUGCACAGAACUGGCAACCGAGGGUUUAAAGCCAGUUAUCAAGUCUUCUGUGGGGGCGAAAUCUACGUAGAAACUGAACAUAUUUUGCAGUCGCACGAAAACACAGGGAAUUAUCCAGCUGAUAAGAAGUGUCUGUGGACUAUUAUAGUUCCCGAGGGCCAACAAGUCGUGCUAGACUUCGACAAAUUCAACUUAGAACACGAACCCAACUGUUUGAACGAUUUUGUGGAAGUUAUCGAUGCUGGAACUUCGUUGUCGAAGUUCUGUGGAAACGAAACUCCCUCGAAGAUUAUGUCGUCGUCGAACAUUCUCCAGGUGAAGUUCGUUUCGGACUCCUCCGUGCAGAAACAAGGUUUUUCCGCACGCAUCAUGGCGGAGUACGAUGAAUGCGCCACUGGGGAUGAUGGGUGUGCCCAUAAGUGCGUUAAUACCCUGGGAAGCUACAGAUGUGAAUGCAAAACUGGGUACGAUUUGAACUCGGAUGGUAAAAAUUGCCAGAAGACUUGUGGGGGGUUGUUGGAGGAGGCAGCAGGUGUGGUCGAGUCGCCCUCUUUUCCCGGGGAGUAUCUCCCGAAUAAGACUUGCGUCUGGGAGAUUGUGACGUCAGCGGAGAAUAUGGUGUAUUUGAAUUUUACCCAUUUUGAUAUUGAAGGGAAGAAUCAAACUCAUAGCAAGAAGGAGAAGUGCGAGAAGGAUAAGUUGGAGGUUGUCAGUAUGGCGGGGGAGAAUGUUCUGAAACGACACGGAAUGUUUUGUGGGGGGGUUAUGCCAGAACCCAUUUUCUCAAAAAGCAGUGUCCUGAAAAUCGUUUUCAGCGCGGAUGGGGAAGAGGAGAGGACGGGAUUUGCGUUGAACUAUCUUACAUAUAAAAACACGUGUGAUAAAUUCAACGGGAACUGUCAGCAUGAAUGCUACACAACCCCAAGCAGUGGCCGAAAAUGCGUCUGUCUGAAAGACUACACUCUACAGCCAAACAACCAGGACUGCAAAAAAGGUCUUUGCGACUACCAGAUCUCUUCCACAUCCGGGACCAUCCAUAGCGUCAACUAUCCUAACCCAUACCCCCAUAGCACAUCUUGCUCUUGGCACUUUAAAACCACGCCAGGUCACAAACUAGAACUACAUUUCGUCGUUUUUGAAACAGAACCAGAUAAUCAGUGUGCUAGAGACUACGUAGUUAUCUACGAUGGUCCUUCUUCGGCUUCACGCAACGUAGGAAGACUAUGCGGAUCUCGAUCAAAUUUCAAAACGACGUCCACAACUAACGAAAUGUUCGUGUAUUUCCGAACAGAUCACUCGGUAGCUCCUAAGGGAUUUGAGGCAAAGUACACUUCAGUCUGUGGAGGGACGUGGAAUGUUAGUACUGAGGACAACUACAUUUACUCCCAUGAUGGAUAUGGACUUACGACUUAUUACGCAAAUUCGGUUUGUGACUGGAAGAUUGUGGCUCUCCCUGCCCACAAAACGUUUCUAGCAAUUGAAGUCCUCCACAUUGAAGAAACCGACGACUGUGAGUUCGAUUUUGUAGAAAUUUUUGAUGGGGAGGUAUCCGCGGGGAAGUUUUGUGGCAGCAAUGUUACGAAAGAGUUUAUCUCUUAUAAUAAUUAUACCAUCAAGUUCCGAACAGAUGACACGAAUAGUGAUAAAGGGUUUAGGAUUAGGUACAAGGGUCUGAAGAAUGAUCACGUUGUUAAGGUCGAUCCGAACUGAUUUAAGAAACGAAGGAAAGUGAACAAAAAAUUAAAGCUAAACACACAUUAUACAUUAUAGUUUGAAAGCAAAAAUAAAAUUUUUACCUAAAUUA